CUGGGGAAGAGGUUUCUCUAACCACGACAUGCAUCUUCACAUGAAUUCUGAAGGUUCAACUCAAUACUUGGGAGACUGGAUGAAAUCUCUCUAGGGACAGCAAGGCAAGCCCCUAGCCCAGGCAGGAAGCAUCAUCACUACUAAUUUAAUACCAGCCAUGGCAGAUGCUGUGAGGGCUAGCAUGAAUAGGAGUCAGAAGGGUCUGUUGAGGAGGUGGAGAGACCAUAAGGGGAGGGGGGGCUGUUUUCUGGAGGUUAUCUGCAGUGCAUUCAGCUGGCCACACUGGGCUUGCGGUCCACAAACAUCCACACCCAAAGCUUUUUAUUCAUUUUUUUUCUCUUUUUUGGAAUGGUCUCUAAGAUCACUGAGCUACUGUUACCACCACAGGUAUAACAUCAAAGCUGCAAGUUCCUCAGCAUCUCAAAGGUGAGGAAGGGUAAGGCUAAAGGCUAUGCCUGGACUACCAGAGAACAUCCCCCUUGGGGAGUGCACCCUACACUCCCAGUCCCAGGAGCAGCUCACUCCCCAGACAGAAAGCACCGUGUUCAGCCUGUCCCGCAGCGAGUCCCUCUGGACCAACGAGUCGGCCCGCAGCACAUGUGAGAUCUACUGGUUCCCAUUCCACCUCAUGUCCACCGGGGGCAGCAUCUUUGCCUGCGGCUUCAUCCUGAGUGGCCUGUAUUUUGCUGGCUACUGCAGGAAGGCCACCAACAUCCUGGGCCCGGCCCUGGUAUCCAUAGGCCUGAUGGUGCUGGUGGUGGGCGUGGUGCUGAUCCCCAUCACCAAAGAGAACAGGAAGCAGCCCACCAUGAAGAAGCCCUUCAGUUACUACAGGCAACCAGUCUUUAAAUUAUGAGGUGGGCCGGGCGGGGUAUCCCUGUCUUGUAUGCUGUGAUCCUGGAGAGUUCUCAUGCUCAAAGUUUCCCAAAAGCACAAUGGAGGAUUUGAUACUUCCCUGCUGAGCAUGGCUACACGUUCACAUGAUGAAUGUUUGCUCUAAAGACAAUUCAUUUGUAGGGGGACAUGAACCGUUCUAUUUUCUUCCACCACUACGUAUGUAUACAGUAUUUUAAUAUCUGCAUGACAAAGUAUACAUUAUAACCAAGUUACAGGUGGUUCUUUGGUAUUUGUUCUUAAGCAUUUGAAAGUACUAGAAAAUGACCGUGCUGCCAAAAAACACAAUUAUAAAUGUAGUCCACUGCUUUUAUGCAUAAUUAUUAGAAUGAGUGACAAGCAUAUUGAGAAGAAAGUUGUGUGCAUGUACAUUGAUGAGAGCGGGAUUGAGUAUUGACAGCAUGCCUUUGUGGUAGGCUGAUUCAUGAAUAAUUCAAUAAACAACAUAAGUGCUUAUUUGGGGUGGUCUAGUGGUUAGAGUGUUGGACUACUAACCGAAAUGUUGUAAGAUCAAAUCCAUGAGCUGACAAGGUAGACAUCUGUUGUUCUGCCCCUGAACAAGGCAGUUAACCCAUAUUGAGAAGAAAGAUGUGUGCAUGUACAUUGAUGAGAGCAGGAUUGAGUAUCGACAGCAUGCCUUUGUGGUAGGCCAUCACUGAAAAUAAGAAUUUGUUCUUAACUGACUUGCCUAGUUAAAUAAAGGUCAAAUAAAUAACAUUUGGUGAUGGAUGCAUUUUCUUUUCAGCUGCAGGCUAUACUCAUCACAUUCACAACCAUUACAGACUUCCAGUGAUGUGUGUGUGUUAGAUGUCAUCUCUGUGAUGGCAGUGUGAC